CACAUUUUCCCCAAAAACUUGAAUCCAGAUAGACGCCUAAGGCUCAAGCUAGAGGGCGGCGUGUUAUCUUCACUGCCAGUGGCCAUCUCCGGCUUCUGUUAAGAUUGAAAGUAGGUUAUUUAGAAACAGUUCAUGGAGGCCAAAUUCUUUCGCUUUCUUAAGAUCGUUGGUGUGGGUUUCAAAGCAAGAGCUGAAGCGGAAGGUCGCCUUCUGUACCUGAAAUUAGGCUACAGCCAUGAGGUUGAACUGGUGGUUCCACCAGCUGUUCGUGCGUUCUGCUUUAAGCCAAACAUAGUUUGUUGCACUGGAAUAGACAAACAAAGAGUGCACCAGUUUGCUGCCUCUGUUCGCAGUUGUAAACCUCCUGAAGUUUACAAGGGCAAAGGUAUAAUGUAUAUUGAUGAAGUUAUAAAGAAAAAGCAAGGAAAGAAAAAAUAAUUGCGCGACUGAAAAGGGGAUUGUGUUGGCCGCGGUGGUAGUUUCCCAUCAUCUCUGUUGUUGGAACUGGUUUUUCCUCCCUGCUUUAAAGAAUUUUGAAUUAUUUGAAAAUAUUGCAAGAAAGUUUGAGCAUCU